AUGAGAGCUAUCAAAACAUUUGCCUUAGGGCUCCGAAGCCUCUUCAGUUUAUUGGUGAUGUUAGUGGGGGGAUGGCAUGAUUUAGACAACAAAGACUAUGACUGUUGGCCCCUGGAAAAACCAGAUGAGUAUAACAUGCUGGACUGCGGAGGUCUGGAGAUGGCAUGGGUGAAAAGACCUCCAGAAAAGGCUGUGAGUGGGGAAUUCUUCAAUGUGACCUAUGCAGUCUUUGCUUCAGAUGGCUUUUAUCAAUAUGCAGUGCAAAAUGGAAUCCUUUCUCACAGCAAUGCUACUGCUGCAAGGGAAUUCUGUGAGGAGCAUGAGUGCCCUGCCAGCUGGAAAGAUGCAAAUAGCGAGAACUGCUGUGUCCACCAUGCCAACAUUCACUCCUGUCCUUUGGCCUUCAUGGGUAGAGGAGGAAUAUGUGGUCCGUGGAUUCCCGAUGAUGGCCAGAUAUUUACUCACACUUUAUCUACAGCUGGCAAAAUGAGCCAAAGAAACUGGACUGCCAAGGUUGUUUUGGUUCAUGUGGGUGUGACCUCUCUCAUCGCACACAUCAGAGUUGGGAGAAUGCAAGUUGCUCUGGAAGCAAAAACCACAGUCCUUCCUGCAGUAGUUUGUGGAGAUGGCUUUUGUGAGGAAGAAGAAGGCUGCUCUAUCUGUCCAGCAGAUUGUGGGGAAUGCCCGCUAUCAGCUGAUGCUAGGAUAGCAAUCGCCUUACCAGUAGGUUUAGUCUGCACUGCCUUCAUUAUGACAGUCCUGUGGUUUCAAUAUCAGAAACAAAAGUUGUUUUGGGAUGAGAGCUGGAUUAUAGACUUCAAAUGCAUCAAACAAGAUUCCAUAGCAGGGGCAGCAACAGGAAGCGUGAUGAGUGCUCCCCCAGCACCUAGUGAAUCCAAUACCAGCUCUAUCACUGCUCUGAGCUCCUGCACAGCAGCUGCUAAUGCGUCCAAGAAACAGUACUUCACCCAGACUGGGAGAUAUGAUGGUAGAACAGUGGCCAUAAAGAAAAUAAUGAAGAAGGCAUUCACCCUGACCAAAUCCAUACGUAAGGAAGUAAAGCAAGUAAGGGAACUUGACCAUCCCAAUCUCUGCAAAUUCAUUGGUGGUUGUAUAGAAGUGCCCAAUGUUGCCAUAGUGACAGAAUACUGCCCCAAAGGCAGCCUAAGUGAUGUUCUGCUCAAUGAAGACAUCCCAUUGAACUGGGGAUUCAGGUUUUCUUUUGCUACUGACAUUGCCCAAGGAAUGGCCUAUCUUCACCACCACAAAAUGUAUCAUGGACGGUUGAAGUCUAAUAACUGUGUGAUAGAUGACAGAUGGGUUUGUAAAAUUGCAGAUUAUGGUUUGCAGUCAUACAGAAGAGAAGAUUCUCCUGAAGGGUCGAGCUCAUACCAGCAGCAUUUUAUACAGGUUUACGUAGCUCCUGAAAUCCAUUCCCUUUCAGACUUUGAACCCAAUUCUAUGACAGACGUCUACAGUUAUGCCAUCAUUUUACUAGAAAUUGCCACAAGAAGUGACCCUAUGCCAAAAGAUGAUGUGCAUUCAGCUGAAUAUUCUUGGUGUCCACCUUUGGCAGAAUUAAUUUCAGGGAAGGCUGAGAAUUCUUGCCCAUGUCCCACAGAUUACAUAGAGCUAAUCAGAAAGUGCAGAAAAAAUAAUCCAGUCCAAAGGCCUACGUUUGAACAAGUCAAGAAAAUGUUAUACAAGAUGAAUCCUAAUAAAGUUAGCCCUGUUGACAUGAUGAUGACUCUGAUGGAGAAAUAUAGUAAACACCUGGAGAUACUGGUUUCUGAGAGAACUCAGGAUUUAAUGCAUGAAAAACAGAAGACUGAUCGUCUGUUGUAUAGUAUGUUGCCAAAGCAAGUAGCAGAUGAUCUCAGGCAGGGGAAACGUGCACAAGCUCAAAGUUACUUAAGUGCCACCAUCUUUUUCAGUGACAUAGUUGGCUUCACUCAGCUUUCCAGCAGCAGCACACCUUACCAAGUGGUAGAUCUCUUGAACAAGCUUUAUACAGCUUUUGAUGAAAUCAUAGAUAACUAUGAUGUCUAUAAGGUGGAGACAAUAGGAGAUGCCUAUAUGGUAGUGUCGGGAGUACCCAGAGAGAAUGGGAUCCUUCAUGCCGGUGAGAUCGCAAGCAUGGCUUUAGACCUUGUGGCCGUCUGCAAGACGUUUAAGAUCCCACACAAGCCCAACACCCUCCUAAAGAUAAGAGCAGGAAUACAUUCAGGGGCAGUUGUAGCUGGGGUUGUUGGGACCAAAAUGCCACGGUAUUGUUUAUUUGGAGAUACCGUGAACACAGCUUCCAGGAUGGAAUCUACCAGUGAAGCUCUUAAAAUACAGUGCAGUUCAAGUGCAUACCAGCUGUUGGAGCAGAUUGGAGAGUAUGUGUUAGUAUGCCGUGGGAAUUUACAAGUCAAGGGGAAAGGAGACAUGGUAACUUACUGGCUUGAAGGUAAGAAAACCUCUGCCACCCAGAAGGAAGUCCCCAGCCCAUCUGUGACUCUUCAAGAUCCCAACAGAACUUCGUUUAGUUUGAUACCAGGUGUCUUUCAGGGUGAUCCUCUCUCAAGUCCUGCUUACUAG